AAAAACGCGUCCGAGUACUGAAGGGGUAAAGAAACAUAAGGUAUUGAACUCAAACCUCGUGGUAAAAAUGCCUCCCAGUACUGAAGAAACAUAAGAUUGUGCGUGAAAUACAUAUUGUGGCGCGUUAAUAAGCGUAGCCAUGGCGUAUAGCGGAGCGUGGCCGUGUGCGUGGCUUGAGCGUGUGUGCCGCGCCUACCCGCGAUGGAGGUGAGAGGCUUGCGUGACUCCGUGUGUCAGAGAGAGAGAAUGAACCAGAGAUAACGGUCAUAACAAUAGUAAUAACAGUAAGAGCAUGAACAACAAGCCCAGAUCAACUAAACAUCUAUUAUUCCCCACGUGUGAAGGAAACCUGGCCAAGAAUACUGAAAUAAAAAGAAUAAGAAAAAUAGUAACCUUAACAAUACCUUAUCCAACAACAACCCAACGCAGUUUAACGCAACGAUUUCGGAUCAACUAAAUAUCUACUAAUUUUUCUCCACGUGUGAAGGAAACCUGGCCACCGAUACUGAAAUAAAAAGAAUAAGAAAAAUAGUAACAUUAACUAAAAUACCUUCAAACACGAACACCUAUUGCCAGAAGUGCUUAAAUUACCCUCCAUUGAAACAGUACAAGUCACAGGAAAGAAAGAAAAAGGGAAUUAGAGAAACAGGCAGCGAGUUCCAGGGUUUUACCAGUGAAGAGGAUGGAAGACUGAAGACACUGGUUAACUCUUACCUUAGUGAGGUGGACUGAAUAAAGCGGAGCGGGCGGGGCGGGCGGCAGUGUGUAUAGGGUGCGGUGCCAUCAUCCACGACCAGUACAUCCUGCGAGUCGCCCCGGACAUGGAAUGGCACGCCGCCUGCCUCAAGUGCGUCGACUGUCACCAGUUUCUCGACGAGUACUGCACCUGCUUCGUGAGAGACGGCAAGACCUACUGCAAGAGGGACUACGUCAGGCUGUUUGGCGCGAAGUGUGACAAGUGUGGACGGAUGUUCGAGAAGACAGACAUGGUGAUGAGAGCCAGGACGAAAAUCUACCACCUCGACUGCUUCAGGUGUUCUACGUGCAGGAAGCAGCUUCUCCCCGGGGACGAGUUUGCCCUGCGCGAGGACGGGCUCUACUGCAGGUACGACUUCGACCUCUUCGAAAAGAAAGCCAACGCUGAGAACAACAACACGACCAACAUCAACAAUAAUAACAACGAGCUGAAAGGGGAGGGCAAGCCGCUGCGGAAGGAGAGGCGGGAAGGCAAGGCGACACGAGUACGCACGGUGCUCAAUGAGAAGCAGCUCCACACACUAAGGACUUGCUACGCCGCCAACUGCCGCCCCGAUGCCCUCAUGAAGGAGCAGCUGGUGGAGAUGACGGGGCUGUCUCCGCGUGUCAUCAGGGUGUGGUUUCAAAAUAAGAGGUGCAAAGACAAAAAGAGAAACCAACUCAUGAAACAGAUGCAGCAAGAGAAGGUAUGGGAGGAAAAACAGAUGGCACUCCAGGGAAUCACAGGCGUGCCCAUGGUGGCCUCCUCGCCCAUCAGGCACGACGGAGCGCCCAUGGGGGUGGGUAUGGGCGGGCCGCUGGACGUCACCGCCUACCAGCCACCCUGGAAGUCCCUCACGGAGUUCGCCCUCACCCACGACCUGGACCGCCUGGACCCCACCACGCCGCAGUACCAGCAGUUGGUCCAGCAGAUGCACGGAUAUGGGGCUGAAAUGUGCGGGGCAGCUGAGGUACUAGCAGCCCACCAGCCGCCCCCACCGUCACAGCUGCACCCACAAGCCCCGCCACAGCCCCAGCAGCAGCCGCCCCCUCAGCAGCAGCCCCCACAGCAGCAGCCCCCUUCACAGCCCCAUCAGGAAUCGAAAUAUGACACGGGGCCUUUCGAUGAUGGCGUGCACAGUGAUUCCUACGUGUCGUACCUGGAAAGUGACGACUCCAUGACAGCCCCACUCAGCUCCACGACCAGCCCCUGAUGCACGAAGCCGCGGAUAGUGGUCUAGAACGACUAUCUAGCACGACUACUUACUUAUACUUUUACGAUUUCUGCGUCUUCUUCCUACUUUAUUCAGUACGACUUCCGUGACUGUUGAUAUUAUUAUUAUUAUUAUUAUUAUUAUUAUUAUUAUUAUUACUAUCUGAACGACUACAACUACUACUACUACUACUACUACUACUACCACUACUGUUGUGACUUGUUAUUAAUACUACUA